GGAAUGUGGGAGGAAACCGGAGCACCCGGAGAAAACCCACGCAGGCCCGGGGAGAACAUGCAAACUGCACACAGGGAGGCCGGAGCUGGAAUCGAACCCGGUACCUCUGCACUGUGAAGCCCACGUGCUAACCACUGGACUACCUACCGGGCCGCCACAUGAAAAGAAAUAAAUACUGACAUUUUUUCUUUUUUUUAAUGCCGAAAUGGUUGGCGUAACUGCGUCGGCGAGGCCGCGAGUAGCUCGCUCGCAAAGCCAUCGGGCUGCCGGUAAGAGACGAGCGCGGAUGGCGAGCAACCAGAAGCAGCUGGCGGCUUCCUUCCGCACAGCCGCAUCUUGAAACGCUUAAAAGACGCACGCGGCAGACGGCGGCCAUGAAGAAGAGACAGCUCCCUCUAAGCGUGACGCGGAGCUUAUUUUGGGGAGUCGGCUCAGCUGAUUUGGACAACCGUGCACUCUUGGCAGCGGUUGAAGUCGACGCUCUAACGUGAGCCAUGUGUGCCGAAGAAACACGACAUGCCAGAUGAACGACGCGGACGCCAUCUGCUCGGGGUGUGGCGGAGGGGGGCUCGGUCGAUCUUUUCGAUCGGUCACCACGGCUUCGAAGGUGGACGUCGCGUUCUCCUCCUCGCUCCCCUUGCAUUUCUUCAAGCGAGAAAUGGAGGAGGGCUCGGGCUCGGGCUCCCCGGUGUCCCCCGCCGACAGCCUGGCCACCAGCGAGGAGGAAGCCGAGCGCCGGCCCAGCAAGCGAUGCGCCCGCAAGCGGCGGCCCAGCAAGAAGUCCGGCGGCGGUGGCGACGAUAGCGGCGGUGGUGGCGCCAGCCCGGCGCCCCUGAAGCGCAGCAAGAAGCCCAGCCCCGGCGGUGGUGGCCCCGGCGGCUGCGGCGCGAACGGCACCGCCGGAGCUCAGUCGUACGAGGAGCUGCAGAACCAGCGCGUGCUGGCCAACGUGCGCGAGCGCCAGCGGACGCAGUCCCUCAACGAGGCCUUCGCCUCCUUGCGCAAAAUCAUCCCCACGCUGCCCUCGGACAAGCUGAGCAAGAUCCAGACGCUCAAGCUGGCCUCGCGCUACAUCGACUUCCUGUGUCAGGUGCUGCAGAGUGACGAGAUGGACAACAAGAUGUCCAGCUGCAGCUACGUGGCCCACGAGAGACUCAGCUACGCCUUCUCGGUGUGGAGGAUGGAGGGAGCCUGGUCCAUGUCCGCCUCGCACUAAAAGGGGCCCGGCGCGCGCCAGAUUGUCUCCAAAACCCGAACGGACUAUGGAAGAGCCCGUGACGUCAUUUGACGCGCUCACGAGCGAUGAGGAGGCUGCGCGCGUGCGCGCGUGCCUGCAGACUGCACGAGCUGUCGUUGGGACGCUGUGACAGCAAAAGCGAUAAGAAGGAUCGCCAUCCCCCCCCCAAUCCGCCCCUCCGCCCCCCCCCCAAGACUUUUUCCGCCAAAUUGUCGAUAUCGAAAUGAAUGCGUCGUGUACAUCAACGUGCGCCGAUAGCCUGCAAAGGGGCCAAGGCAAUUCCACACGUGAUCACCCUCAAAUCUUUUUUUUUGUGUACAUUUUUGCUUAUUUAUUAAAACAUAUUUUUGAAGGAAA